CAGCCUCGUAGCCUAGCAUGUACCUAUGUAUAUAUAUUUGUAAACUCAUUCUGGGAAAUAGGGGAAUAAAACCUAAUUCCAUACACCGUAGCUUUGUUCUCUCUUGUUAGCACAUAGCCACAUACAGUAGCUCGGUUCUCUUUUGACACACUCAACCAUCAACCACCUAGGUAAGGACGAGUAAUCCAACCCUUUGAAUCAAAUGACUGAUGAGAAACCAAAUACUAGUACAUAAAUUGGGGGUGCCUAGACUUGGCAUCAAAUUCCACUGUCCUCAUUUUCUCCGACAUCCGUCGCGAAACAGCCCGAACUGAAUUCGUGAAGCAAUGUCUCGAUCCCUGAUCUCUCAUUCUAUGCACGUUGCAUCACCCGCCUCACGUAAGAAUCCUGAUUUGCCCAUCUUUCGCCGCUCAUCCGCCCACUUCACGGCCAGUCUUGGUCCGCAGCUCCGGCUACCGAUGUUCCUCCGAUCAGCUGCCACCCUUGCUAGAAGCUGCGCUGCCCUUGCAUUUGACUUUAAAGGUGGCCAAGGCAGAAUGGUUGGAUUACAUGAAGUUGAACUUAAAGUGCGGGACUAUGAAUUGGAUCAAUAUGGUGUGGUAAACAAUGCUGUAUAUGCAAGUUAUUGCCAACAUGCUCGUCAUGAACUUCUGGAAAGAAUAGGUGUAAAUGCUGAUGCAGUUGCACGCUCUGGUGAUGCAUUAGCACUUUCAGAGCUUUCACUUAAGUUUCUUGCACCUUUAAGGAGUGGAGACCGGUUUGUUGUGAAGGUGAAGAUAUAUGACUCAUCAGCUGCUCGUUUGUUCUUUGAGCAUUUCAUCUUUAAGCUCCCAAAUGAAGAGCCAAUUCUUGAGGCUAGAGGUGUAGCAGUAUGGCUCAACAAAAGUUAUCGACCGGUACGCAUACCUGCGGAGGUUAGAGCCAAAUUUGUUCGGUUCCUUCGUGAGGAAGAAUAAGACUAACACUUGCAGUAAAGGGGCUCUUCUAGUUCUAGCUCUUCUAGUUCUACCACAGAUUUAUGUAAUCUUGUGGUGUAUGUAAGCUUGUAAUUUUAGGUAGGAAGCCUAUACUUCAACCCUCAUUCUUCUAAAUGUGUGUAUUAAAAAAAGAAAGAAAGAAAGAAAAGAACUUCCAGUUGCAACUGUCUAAAUCAAUAUCGACACUUCAGAACCAGAAAUGAGUUAUAUUUAUGUUAUACCGGUAGUACAUGAUAAUGAUAUGUUUGGCAUUACGUUGGAACUAUCAGCGAAAUUGCCCUUCUCC